AUGGACGACCCAAUCUAUCGACCACGGCCUCAGAGCAGAGAAAACACCCAUGACAGAACAGAAUCGGGCUCUGUCUCGCCACAACGCGCCCGUCGACAGCAGCGGGGCCCGUCGCAGAAGGCAAUGCUGUCAAAGGCAUUGCAAAAGGCAAACACUGCAGUUUUGCUGGACAAUGCUGCCAAUUUCGAAGGCGCCAUUGAAGCAUACCAAGAUGCAUGCCAGCUUCUGCAGCUUGUAAUGGUGCGGAGUAGCGGGACUGACGACGAGAAAUCAAAAUUACAGGAAAUUCGCAAUACCUACACGAGCCGUAUCAAAGAACUGGAGCGCCUCGAUCUUUCGUCGCAACAGUCUGGUGGUGACAAGGCUCUUCCGGAACGGCCACUUAGCGACCACAGCUUGGCUCCGACGAACUCGCAGCCUGUAGGAGAAACUGAGAACCAGGAUGCCACGCCUACACAAGCAAAUAAUUUCUCUCAAGAAACCGACAUCGACACUAGCUUGCCAGAUCGCCGAAGAUCGUUACUACCGUCUGCGUAUGGUGACAGCGCAACAAAAGCUUCCGACCCCGGAGCCGGACAGGAAGAGGGGUUCUCUUCCUCACAGCUGGUUCUUGAUAUUGGCCACUUUUCCGAGCCCUUCUCACCCUUCGCCCCUCCGGAAGCAGGAAACCGCCAUAGUGACAUUGUCCCCGCCAACUCGGAGUUAUACGAAUUGGCUGCCUCGAAAGGACCAGAACCGGCCAACGGAAACGAUCCCACAUCAUGGCUAGACACCAUUGAUGAAUCCGGAGCUUCUUCGCCUGUUUCUGCCAAGUCGAAACUGUCGAUGUAUUCGCGCACCACCGGUUCGCGCCAGGAGAGCAAUGGCACUGAAGCCGAAUUCGACGCUGCUUUGGAUGCAGCAGUUGAGGCUGCUUAUAAUGAAGGCCUAGAGCCCGCUUUGAACCCCCUUGAAAAUGCUUACGACAAUGGAGAUGACGUGGUGUUGAACGCGAAGAGGAAUAUUGAGAUCGCCAAACAGAGGGUACGGGAGGCCGAGAGAGAAGCGCAAGAAGCUAUGGCGCGAGGACUCGAACAGCGGAGAAUGAUGGACGAAAGUGCAUGGUCGCACGAUAACAGCAUGGACCUAGAUUACGUUGGCGAAGAAGCCGAGGAAGAGGAACGCAUAUUGGAAGAAAUGACCAAAGGCUACGUUAUGGACGACUUCGACCUUGAUCUGCACACCAAGUCUGCCUUGCCCCGACAGUCAGAUUCCAGUAAUUUCUCCGGAAGAACGUGGGGCAGCUCUGUGACAUCAAACCCUGCCACUGCUAUUACUUCUCUGUCUACCUUGGCAGAAGAAAGCGCUCUCCCGUCUGGUGCUGCAGCAAUGGCCAGUAAACUGCCAACUGUACCUCAGGAGCAGUCUGUUCCCCUCUCGUCACCGCCAGGAGUCCGAGCUCGUCGUUUAUCUGGAGCAAACAUGAAGCAAUUGAAGAUUGAUACGAACCGCACUCAUGGCCACCCCCCAGGCCCCAAAACCGAGCCUUUCGCCGCACCAUUCAGAAGCCCUCCUCCGCCAAUUCCUCAGUACGAGCCGCUGCCUAGUGUACCCCUACCGCCUCCGAAUACAUCCAAACCCCUCCCUAGUGUGAUUCCCGACAAGAGAACGUCAAAUGAGUCCUUGAAAGAAGAUGGUUAUGGCGCGGGCCUUUCAAGGGCUAUCACUCAAGAUAGCGAUGACUUCAAUCAAUCCUUGCUAUCUUCGCCUCCCAGACCCAUUGGCAAAACUCCUUCUGCGCCCGGGAUUCUUCGGAAAAACACCUCGUCUUCCAGCCUUGGGGCUAUGAUGGCGAGGAACAUGUCCGUCUCUACCCCUGAUAUCUUGAAUGAGUCUCCGAAUACCCCAUCUAGCAGCACUUUUCCCACCUUCGAUUUCCAGCAGAGAGCAAUCCCGAAUAGUUUUGUCCCUCCCUUGCCUACGCCCACUGGAACAGCAUUUGCAACUGGAACACCAUUCGCCGACGGUUUACCUCGAGGCUUUUAUCUUUUUGACAAUGACAUACACUCCCCCUCAACACCUGGCGCGCCCAACGAGUCAGCCCCCAACGCUCCGCUGGCGCUGGAACCCUGCCCAGGAUCCUAUCUUCACCGUCCUUUCUGGCUGAUGCGAAGUCUGUAUCAGACGAUAACGCAUCCCCGUGGCGGUUACCUGUCAACAAAGCUGUUUAUACCUAAAGAAGUAUGGCUGGUAAAAAAUGUCAAGAUCCGCGCCAUGGAGGAUAAAAUCUCCUUGUGUGACUUGCUUACGGCUGCUCUGCUCAAACUUGCCCAGGUUGACACAUAUGAUGCCGAUGCAGUUUUGGAAGAGAUGCAGUCAUUUGAAAACAUGCUGGAUCAAGCACAGUCGUCGUUUUCCAAGAAGCUGGGGAAUGAGGUGGGCGUGCAGGCCUCGCUUCCUCUCUUCAAGUCACCAACGACCUCGGAAGAGCCUUCCGUGAUGGCAGAAAACAGCAUCCCGCGGAGCUCGAAUAGCACCAGCAAAUCCUACUUGGCAUCGUGGCGCAAACUCCGGUCGAAAAGCUCUGGUACUCCCUCGGGUUCACACACACCUGUACCUUCUUCAGGAAGAGACAGUGGCAAGGAAGGGCUAACGAUGAAUACACUGCCCAUGACACUCUCUCCCAGCACGCGCAUAGUCAAGCGUAAUGUUGUACAACUCCAAUUCACAGGUCCGAAUGCCAACUACAUGGGGGCUCUCGCACGAUUAUUCGAUGCCGCUCAGGUUUUAGAUCAAAUUGUCCGCCAGGUUGAAGACCCCGGCCUCAAACAUUCCUCGCCUACCCACGUUGGGCUGGAACUGAGCACUCGUCAUGCCGCCGAAUUCUUUGGAUUCUACGUGUGCCGCUUUGCGCUCAAUGAUCUUGGUUUGCUGCUCGACAAGUACAUAAAGCGUGGCAGCGAGUGGGUAUCAUUGUAA